AUGAGUGUGGCAAUUGUUGCGAUGGUGAAUAAUGUAAAAACAUUUGGACAUGGUCACGAAACUGAGGUUUGUAUGCAGUUAAUCUCAAACAGCAAUGCAAUUUGUGAUCGCAGUGCAAUUUUCUGUAAUCACUGCAUGUGCAACUUAAUUCCUGUAAUCACAAUGCAAUUUGUAAUCGCAGUGCAAUUUUCUGUAAUCACUGUGCAACUUCCUGUAAUCACAAUGCAAUUUGUAAUCGCAGUGCAAUUUUCUGUAAUCACAGUGCAAUUUUCUGUAAUCACAGUGCAAUUUUCUGUAAUCAGUGCAAUUUUCUGUAAUCACAGUGCAAUUUUCUGUAAUCAGUGCAAUUUUCUCACAGUGCAAUUUUUUGUAAUCACAGUGCAAUUUUCUGUAACCACAGUGCAAAAAUCUGUAACAAAUAAAAAGUAACAAACUGGUGUGAUUGGUGGAAAAAACAAUGUGAUGAAAAAAUCAACCAAUUAGUUUAAUUUAAAGCAGUUCUCAAGUACAACGGUCACAGAUUACUUCAAAAAGUAAAAGUUGACUUCGGGUGGAAAAUAUGGCUUUUAUCUUUUUUAACUAAUAGAAAAUACAAAACAAAACUUACAUAGCUGAGUGGAAUUUUCAAGUCGUUUCCGACUUACCGUUCUAUAAUGUAAUAUAACAAAGCAGGAAAACUUUGUCAGUGGACGGUUCGAAUAUUUUUAUGUAAUACUAUAAUAUUAAUACGCCAUAGGAUGGUUUCUCGCGAAAUUUGGAUAAAACAAACUUCGGACUCAUGCUAUUUUGAUGCUCUUUGACUUUGAAAAACUCACUCGUGUAUGUUUUAUCCAAAUUGCACUUGAAACCAUCCUAUUAGUAUUACCUAUAUAUUUAUCAUGAUCACUAAUUAUUUGUGCCAUUAUCAUGCAUGCACGGCGAUAAAAGGGUGGCAUAAAAACAAAAAUCAAUAUGUCACUGAUGUCGUUUUUUGUCACUGUUAUAUCGUUUUCUGUCACUGAUUUCGCUUUUUGUCCCGCUGUUCUAAUAAUUGUUGCAUUAGGGCAAUGUGCGAAUGAUUAACAUUCUAAUUCUGACCCUGAUAAAAUCACAAGUAUAUAUAAUAAACAGAUUAUGAUACAAUUGGGACCAGGCGAUACCAGUUUUAUCCCUAUCAUAAUUAUCUCUCUUUCCCUGCGCUCACUCUUCAAGCGAUAAGACUGAUAUCGCGCUUCGCCCCUUACAUGAUAACCUAUAUUUAAAAGGUUAUCCUUUGAAAAACCUUAAACUCUAAACCUUAAGCGUGCAAAGCACAAUGCCGGAGCAUCAUUUAAUCAAUUUAUAAAUCGUAUAUGGAGCCCAUUUCUUAGAGACGUGGUAAAUAUCUCCUUACGAGAACAAUUCAUUCACAAAUAGCUGCAAUAUUCAACUACUAAGCUUGAAACUUGUGCCCCCAUUAAGCUUUGUGCGCUUAGAGUUUAUGGUUUAGAGUUUAAGGUUUUGUAGACUGCGAGCAGUACUGCAUGGUUUCUCCUUAAAAGGAAAGGAAAUUCUCCGAUAAUCACCUCGCCUUUGGCGAAUAAUUGUUAAGUAUUCGCUCGAAAUAACAUACUAAACGCUUUCAGACAGUAUGAAUAAAUAUUCUACGAGAUUUUAAUUCUCGGUUUAAUUAAUAUGACAUAAUUUGACGGUUGACUUUCAAAUUUGAAAAACAAUACAUUUAAGUUAAUUUCAAAAAACAAUCUGUCAGUCAUGAACUAUAUGAACCAAUCGGGAUUUUGCGUUGUGUGGAUCGACAACGCGUAUUUCGUUUCUUGAGUGUUGUCUGCAGUCCCUCCUUCCUUCUAAGGAGGGAUUGCUCGCAGUCUAAAGGUUUUGCGAAGGACAACCUUUUUUGAAUUGGCUGUAUAUAACAAUACUUGUCCUACGUUUUCAAGGAUGAUGCAGAAUUUAACUGGGACCCUAAGUUGCAAGGUAUUUUGUUCGUAUCCUUUAUUUAUUUAUUUAUAGCAUUUGUAUGUACUGUGUUCCCUUGGAAAUAUUUCUUUUGUUCCCUUUUCCCCCACAAAGAUCUCACCAAGUACCUCUGUUUCCCAAGAUUAUAUGUUCCCUUGUUCCCUACGAUUCCUUGGCUUUGUUCCCUUAUUCUCAUUGCAAAAUAUACGUUGUUCCCUUGUUUUCUAGAAACCCCUGGGAGACCCUCAUGUGUUAUUUUUUUAUCUAUUCGGUAUAGGCUUGAUUCUUGGUUCAUUUUUCUUUGGAUACAUCACAACUCAGAUACCUGGCGGAUUUCUCGCUUCAAAGUAUGGUGGUAAGAGUUUAUUCGGCGGGGGUAUACUUCUUGCCAGUAUUCUCACCAUGCUUACACCAGUGGCUACGAGGCGAAGUGUUUAUUUGCUCAUUGCGUUACGUAUCUUGGAAGGAGUCGCCCAG